AUGAGCACCGAAAACGAAUCAAUUGCUGCUAGAACUUACCGUCCGAUUACAGAAAACCCAGGGAUGGGAUUUCUCCACAAGAAGAAGAAGGGCAAGAGCGAUAAAAAAAAGGAGGAUUCAGGUAAAAAAAAGGUAUCAAGCCUUGAAAAUGCAGGGAGACAUGCCAUCGUGCGCCGCAGCGUGAGAGAUCGAUCGGUUUCGAACCUCCAAACUGAACCGUCACGAACGAGUCCAGAUUUGAUUGCAGGAGUCGACGAAAACGAUACUGCGAUGAGAAAAAGGAGGCGCUCAGCGUCUCCUAGUAGGGCAAAGCGCAAGACCUCUGACAUAGUCAAAUCGAAACUAAAUUCCUUCAAUAAUCACAGUGAGGGCACUAAAGCCUCGACAGCUACAAGCAAAACCAGCGAUAAUAACAACCAAUCAGAUCAGCCAGCCGAUGGGUCUCACAAGUCUACAAAAGCAGCUGACUCUAAUCUGGGUACGGCAAAAGUAAGCACAAAGGGCAGCAGCAUGCAUCUUCACACAGACAGCAAAGAUGAUGAAUCUGAUCAAAAGGCCACUAGUGGUGUUUUCUCCUCCAUUCUUUCAGCCGCACAUAAUGCUGCAAACCAUCUUCUACCGAAAUCUAACAGUGAAAAGACGUUACCUUUAGGGUCGUCGUCGCAGGAUGCUGUUGAAACCUUACCCGAUGUUGCUGCCUCUCAUAAGCUUGAGUCUCAAGAACAAGCACCAAAUUCGUCGUUUUUAAAGCAUUUGGAUUUCUUACUAGCUAGUGGUCCAAUGGCUCAAAACUUUGAUGACACCAAUAAUUUGCUUUCACCAACUUUUAAUUCAAGGCCAACUAACAAGUCAUCGGUGAACUCCUCCGUAGGAAGGGCGGAAUCUGAGUAUUCAGGUACUCCUAGUAUAACUGUCCAUGAGCCCGAUGGGAGUGCUUCAGGGGCUGAAACAGAUCUGGGAUCGGUAACCGAAAGAAUCCACUUUCGAUCUCUAAGAGGGGAAGCACCCAUAGCUACUUUGGGCAGAGGAAAUUUAACUUUAGAUGCUCUUGCUAGUACCAACCGAAGCAGUUCAUCGCUGGAAAAAGAUGGUAUGAACAAUGGCGACGAAAAACGAUCUUCUUUUCCGCAACGUGGACGUUCUGCAACUGCAUCUGGAAACCAGGUAAAGGUACCUGCUUACAAUAUCGAAACAAGCCUUGGAGAUGUCAUGGUCAAAACACCAUCGCCAGCUAGAAGUGACCCUGGAGCCAAUUCUAGCACCACUCUAGAUCGAAAAGAAGCAGUGCCUAGCUCGAAGGUGCAGCAGAAGAUGACCGAAGAAAAGAAGUCGCGCAAAAGGGCCAGCACCAUGAGGCCCCAAUCUUUUCAACAGCUGUCUCUCCGAGGAGUAUCCUCCAGAGGUUUGAGGAACUCGUUGCAGAGGGAUAGAUCUUUAAGCCACGAUGAGAACGCAAGAGGUGGUGAAGCCAGCUUCAAUUCGAACGACAACGCAUCGGCAUACACCGAGGGGACUAGUAAACACGGAGCGAGAAGUCCUCGCGGAUCAAUUCACAUUUCUGAAAGAAAACAAAAUGAGUUUCAUUCUUUGUUCAAGGAAUCGGGUGUCUCGUCAUCGGAAUCGUUACUAGCGGAUUACAGUUGCGCCCUAUCACGAGAUAUACUGUUACAAGGUCGCUUGUAUAUUUCCUGGGAGCAUGUGUGUUUCAAUUCGAGUAUUCUCGGGUGGGUGACGAACGUUGUCAUACCUUUCGAAGAAAUUGUACAAAUUGAAAAAAAGUCUACCGCUGGCAUUUUCCCCAACGGAAUGGUGUUUCAAACCUUACAUUCGAGAUAUACUUUUGCAUCAAUCAUGUCUCGCGAUGCUGCUUUUGACUUUAUCACUUCGAUAUGGAAUCAGACCAUCGAAGACUCUGAUGAGCGGAUCAAGAUCGUUGGUAGAAGCAGCUCGUCUCCAAAAUCUAGUAACAGUACUUUGAACUCUAGCUCGGACGGGGAAGCCCAAAUGUCUCCGGAGUCGUCUUCAGACGGCUAUUCCAGCGGGGAGGAAACCACUGACGAAAGUUCAACGGAUGAUGGCCAUGGAGAAGACGGCGAUUACGAAAAUCGGCCCGACAUGUCAGAAAUCGCCAAUGGUGAAUUCAGACUUAGCAGAAAACAGGAACUUACAACUCUGGGCCCAGUAGAGCACCCACCAACAUCUGGCGACCACCCUGCCGCGGUAGAUGAUAGGGUGGUAGCCGAAACAGUCUUCGAGGCUCCGUUGGGUAAGAUUGUCAACUUGCUUUAUGGAGAUAAGGUAUCUUACACAAAGAGGAUCUUGGAAGCUCAAAAAAACUAUGAUAUAUCAAAGAUUCCACCCAUUAUGGCCACAAAUGAGCGAACUUAUAGUUACGUGAAGCCUUUAAACGGCUCUAUCGGCCCGAGCAAGACGAACUGCGAAAUUACUGAAACCAUUGAACACUAUAACUUAGAAGAUUACGUUAAAGCUGUUCAGAUAUCGAGAACUCCUGAUGUUCCUUCUGGUAACUCUUUCGAGGUAGUGACAUCGUUCUAUUACUCAUGGGCACCACGGAACUGUACCAAGCUGAUGGUUGCAGUCAAUGUUAAAUGGACGGGUAAAAGUUGGCUGAAAGCUGCGAUCGAAAAACACACGUUUGAUGGUGUCACGGCAACGACAAAGACGAUGAUCGAAGAGAUCAAUAAAAUAAUUCACAACAAAGAUGUCAAAGGAGCUAAGGAAUCGAACGAAACACCAAGCAGCGAGGACACAAUUAAUUUACCAACAGCUGGACCUAGUGAACAUGCAAAGACUAGUGCCGAUUACACGAAGGAGGAUGGUGAUGUUGUAAUUACAGACAGUCUAACAAUACCUGCUCCAGUAGGUACAGUGUAUCAGCUUUUGUUUGGCAACGACACUUCGUAUUUGCAAAGGAUCAUUGACAAGCAAGGAAACUAUGAAAUUUCGACUUUACCUCAAUUCAAAGAUGGCUCAAGAGAAUAUCAAUAUACUAAGCCUUUGAGUGGACCUGUCGGUCCGAAAAAGACUAAAUGCUAUAUUGAAGAAAAGAUUGAACGCAAUGAUCUGGAAAAUCAAGUCAUUGUACGCCAAAUAACCAAAACGCCGGACGUUCCAUCAGGUUCAUCGUUUUCAGUAAACACCAAAAUCUAUCUGCAUUGGGGAUUGAAUAACCAAACUGACGUGCUUGUAGUCUCCAACGUCGUCUGGAUUGCCAAGAGCUGGAUCAAAGGCGCCAUUGAAAAAGGCUCGCUAGAUGGCCAGAAAAGUUCCAUUAAUGUUAUGGGCCAGGAGCUCAAAGACAUUGUUGCCGAAGCCGGGACAACAAAGAAAGGGCACGCAAGAAGGGCCACUAAAACCAAAGCAAAGAAAACAAAAGCGCCUCCUAGCCCUUCGAAGAAAGUCGAGGCUCCUCAUUCAAAGACAACGCAGCUUUUUAAUGCUGCCUUUAAAACUUUCAUGGGUCUACCAAUGCUCUAUCAGGCGUUGGUGUUUCUCUUUACACUUGUCAGCAUAAUCACCAUAAUAGCCAGAUCCGCGUCCAGCAGCUCGAGUGCCUCCACAAUUGUUGGGCCAGGUCGCAUCGUGAUAGGUGGAGAAACAUACAACUAUGCCCCGACGCUUGAUACGCUGUAUGGAGCUUUUGGUCGCGAGAGUCGCGCUCCACGAAAGAGCUCAAAAGUGUGGAAUGUUGUUACGACAUCCGAGAGCGACAUAUGGGAGUGGAUAAAAGAUCGAAGCACUAUCUUACAAGAAAACCACUCGCCGGACUAUGCUAGGCGACGGAUGUCACGUCAUACACGCCAGGAUCUCGAGGAGACCAUACGGCUGGCCGAGGUCAAACUUGACGAAUUGAAAUCUCUUUUAAACACUACUACCUACUUGUGA